UGUACUAGCACUAGCUAACAGGACGAGGGAUUGGAUUCCAAGGGUAGACUUGGUUUCCCCUCGUCUCGGCCAGCCUGACAUUCGAUUCCUCACUUGCCUUGCCGCCCUCAUUUUCCUCACCACCUUCGUCUCCAAUCUCAUUCCAUUACCUCUGCUAUAUAUACACACAAACCGCUGACCCUUCUACCGUGGAAACAACAAGCAGCCACACACUUCAAACUAAGAUCCUAGCCCGGCUAGCUGCAGGGCUAGCUAGCUAGAAGCAGGCAGGCAUCGAUGGCGCCAAUGCCGCUUGCUUCUAGCUCCUCAAAGCUAUGCAGCUUGCUGAUCCUGUGCCUAGCCUUCCUCGCGGCCGUGGACCGGAGCACGGCGGGCAUCUUCGAUGAGAUCGAGCUCAUCUGGGGCGCGAGCCGCACCUACUUCUUCAUGGAUGGCGACUCCGAGGCGCUGGCGCUCUCCCUCGACCAGUCGCAGGGCUCCUGCUUCCGCUCCAGGGAGAAGUACCUCUACGUCCAGAUCGACGUCGAGAUCAAGCUCAUCGAGGGAGACUCCGCCGGCACCGUCUGCACAAUCUACACGAUCUCGGAGGGGCCGUGGGAGAUUCACGACGAGAUCGACCUGGAGUUCCUCGGCAACGUCACCGGCGAGCCAUACACGCUCCACACCAACAUCUUCGCCAACGGCGUCGGCGGCCGCGAGCAGCAGUUCCGCCUCUGGUUCGACCCCACCGCCGACUACCACACCUACUCCAUCGUCUGGAACCCCAAGCGCAUCCUGAUACUGGUGGACGGGAAGGCGAUCAGGGACUUCAAGAACAACGAGGACCAGGGCGUGCCGUUCCCGACGUGGCAGUCGAUGCGGACGUUCGGGAGCCUGUGGAGCGCGGAGGACUGGGCGACGCAGGGGGGCCGGGUCAAGACCGACUGGAAGCAGGCGCCGUUCGUCACCUACUACCGCAACUACAACGUCACCUGGUGCCGCCCGUCCCCCGGCGUGGCGUGGUGCGGCGACGAGCCCAAGGACUCGACGCGCUUCGACCUGGACGCCAAUACGCUCUCCGACCUGCAGUGGGUGCGCUCCAACUCCAUGAUCUACAACUACUGCGACGACAGUGUCAGGUUCAACGCCACCACCCUCCCCAAGGAGUGCACGCUGCAAUGAGAAGAAGAUCGAAUUGAUCGAGGGGAUCGAUCGAUUGCAUGCUGAUUCAUCAUUCGUUAUUCUUGUACAUCUGAAGAGAGACAGACAGGUAAAAUUUUGAUUCUUUCGAUCGUCAGGCCUGUGGUCGAUUUGGGCCGCUCCUUUUUUUUCUUUUCUGGAGCAGAUGUACCGCGAUAUGCGAAAUUUAUCUGACGACAUACAGAGCAGUUCUUGCGUUAAAAUUCGUUAUGACAAACAAAACUAAAACAGCCAACCCAUUUUUAUUCCAUGGUUAUAUAUGUUGGGACUUCGUUAAUCCGCUUAUUAUUGUUCUUGGUGUCAUGUACCAUGUGCCAUAUGAAUUUGAGGAGAUUUACGAUCA